AUGGCUCGCGAUCGCAAAUGGGUUCAGAGCAGUCCGUACUGGCUGGAUCGUCAGGCAUGUGCCUGGGCGAGCCUCUGCGGUCUGCAUCACCUUCGCAAGGACCCGGCCCAGGGUGGCAUCCUCUACCACGACGACCAUGACGAGGUACGCAGUGAACUGAGGAAGCGUGCCACCAACUGGGAGGAAGGCGCUCCCCGCCUCGACACCAAGAGGAACACGAACGAUAGGAGGAGGAUACUCAGAGACGUCCCCGACUACGUCACCCGUUAUGCGCCUCUGGUCCAUCUCUACUCGGGCGAGCAGUUCUGGCCCUCGGAUAUCAGGGAGCAUGUCGAGCACAUGACCGUCUUCGUCGAUGGAGAAGCCCUCAACACCACAGAUGGAGAAUGGAACCUCCACAACCUUCACCUCCUCAACGACAAAGGCCGACACGUCAUACUUCGCAGCAAUGACGACGUCGAGAGCCGUCCCGACUGGCUACACAGCCACCACAAUAUCCCCGAGCCCUUUGAGGAGGACCCCGGCAACAUCUUUGAGAAGCCGUCGCGCAUCCACGCAGGCACCAACCCCGUCAACAGGGAGCCUACUACGUGGUAUGACGUCGACAAGGAGCACCCGCUGCACCGCAUCGCCAACCCUCGCCGGUACGGGUCCGACACGGAUCGAGCCAAGCGCCUUGCCCCACGCGGCCACAAGCCAGACGCCGACGGCUACUCCAAGGCCCCUGCCAUUCUAAUCGUUGUGGACAAGGGGUCCGGCAUUGUCGAUGCCUUUUGGUUCUUCUUUUACUCGUACAACCUCGGCCAGACGGUCCUCGGCCUCCGCUUCGGCAAUCACGUCGGCGACUGGGAACACUGCAUGGUGCGUUUCGAGAAUGGCACGCCCCGCGGCGUCUUUUUCUCCGAGCAUGAGGGCGGGCAGGCCUAUGCUUGGGAGGCCGUCGAGAAGUCGGACAAUGACCGACCCAUCAUCUACUCGGCCAUUGGUUCCCACGCCAUGUACCCGCUCCCGGGUCCUCACCCUUACAUUAUCCCCUUUGGCCUCUUGAAGGACGUGACAGACAAGGGGCCUCUCUGGGACCCCAGUCUGAAUCGGUACGCCUACCACUACGACUACGCCCACGAUAAGCCGGUCCCCAUCCACGACGACGAUGACGAGGUCGGGGACGAGGUCGGGGACGGGGUCGGGGACGAGGUCGGGGACGGGGUCGGGGACGGGGUCGGGGACGGGGCUGAUGGUCCAGAGAUUGCCAACUCCAACACGUACCUCGACAGUUUGGUCCCGGCCGCCGAGAAUCCCAAGGCACCUACGGCGUGGUUCCACUUUGACGGACGCUGGGGCGACGAGCUCUACUCGCUGGCAGACCCGCGUCAAUGGCGUCUGUUUGGCCAGUACCACUAUGUUACAGGGCCUGAUGGGCCUAGAUUCAAGACUCUGAAUCGGUCUAAGCUGUGCCAGGUGGACAGCUGUCGUAUAACAUAUGAGCUUGAUCCGCACGGGAAGUGGUAUUAG